AUGGUGCCUCCAGGCCCUUGUGUCGGGCAAGCUGCACAGGCCCAUGCACGGAAAGAUCGCAGAGGCAGAGCAACCUGCAAGUUCGUCUUCGAGGGUUACCGGGACGAGCACAAGAACUUUGACCUGGUCCCCCGCGUCAUCGGCCGCGGCGGCUGCAACAUGCGCGCCAUCGCCACCGAGAACUGCAAGCUCCGCAUCCGUGGAAGGGCCAGCGCCCACCUUGAAAAGACUCGGAAUGGCGCGGCCCGGGAGGCAGAUCUUCCCCUGCACAUUGCCCUCAGCUGCAGCGAUGAGGCCGAGCUGGAGGUUGCCAAGGAGAAGCUUGACACCCUCUUGCAAGGCAUCUCCGUGCAUUUCUACAGGUUCUGCCGCAAGAUGGGCCAUGCUGAGCCGGCACAGCUGUAUAGAUUGGUUUAG